UUUUGUUUAAUGCUCUCAAUGCACCUCAGCUUUGCAGCAAAGAAAUAUUCGAAUUCCCGAAAAAAUGAAAGUUUUAGUUUUGGUAGUGGCGGCCCUGGCGCUCGCCAAUUCUUCCAUGAUGACUUCCAAGUAUGAUAUGUUCUUUCCACGAAUGUUCCGGAAUAAUGAUGACGUGUCGACCACGAUGGGCCAAUCUGGACUUUGCAAAACUCUUUGUAAGAGGCAAAUUAUGGGCCAAAUGAAUACUGACCUGAUGAACGACGAGGACUUCAAAAUGAUCCAGCAGCAACUGAUAGAGAAAAUGGACCAAAUGAUGGAAAGAACCGACAUGGUUAUGCCUGUUGAACAAAAGAGGAACCAUGCUAUGCAGAUCGCUGAACAACUCACCCAAAUGUACCGUCAGCUAUCCGAAACACGCAUGAACAUGCACAUCGACGAAGUCCGAAAGUCUGGAGUCAUGAUGGUUUCUGAGUCUGUGCCCUCACGUCUACGCUUUCUUGCAAAGCAUGGAGCUGAGGAAAUCUUAUCAGAAAUCUCCAUGAGAGUGGGACGUGAAGAACCGGAGGACGUGGAGCAAAUGAGGGACGUUCUGAGUGCAACCAUUCUGAGCCAGAUGCUGAUGCAAGACUCCGGGCUGGUAAUGGACAAAGACUUCCGCAAUGAAAUCCUGGAAAUGAUCUUGUCCAUCGAUAUGGUGAGAACCCAACGCAUUCUGGCCGAUAUCUCGAUGAGAGCCAGCCAAGUCCAAAUCACAAUCAAACUGCUAGAACAGCAAAAGCGAAUGCUCCAAAUGUACACGAUGAUGAUGAUGAAGACCACGCUAAACACCCAGGUGGAGAUUGGACAAGAGCUGCUCAAAACUCUGGAAGAUCUCACCGUUGUUCAUCUGUCCCACCAAAUGGUGAUUAACAGUCUGCAGCGAAUGAUGAUGACCCAACGCGAGUUGAUCCAGAAGCUGAAAAUCGAAAAGCUGGACUUCCAGUCCAUGUCCAUGAUGCGAAUGUCGCCAAUGAUGAUGAUGCCGCAAAUGAUACAGGUGUAAAUCGGCAAACCGAUGAAAAGCGCAUCCUAGAAAAACUGGCUAAUACCGAUUUUUUAAUGGUUCAAUAUAUUAUUUGAAUAGUA